GGGGCUUGCACUGCGAGCAGGCGUCCCCCAGAUCGCGGCUACCCUCAACCGGACACCACGUGCUAUUCAGAUCAGAUUGGCAAAGUUACGAAGGGCAGGGGCCAUUACACACAUCGCGGCAAGGCGGCGUAGGUGGACAGUUGCUGAGGAUGCGCGACUGUGUGAGGAAUACGCGCGAGGGACAGACACAAGCACCCUUGCGGAUAUUCUCGACCGAACACCACACGCCGUUCGGGGUAGAUUGGUGAGGGCCCGCAGGGCCGGUACCAUCGAACCCUUCUCAGCCAUAAUCAACCCUCUCCCGACCCAGAAAUUGAACAUAUAUGCAUUUGGUACCGGUGACAAUGCUGAGCUGGGUCUUGGGCCAGAGGUUAACGCAAUGGUUGUCAAACGUCCCAGAUUGAAUGCUCAUCUCCUCCCCGAUAAGGUGGGAAUAGUUGCCAUUGCAGUUGGUGGUAUGCAUGGCUUAGCCCUAUCAUACGAGGGGAGGGUAUACUCGUGGGGUGUCAAUGAUCAGUACGCUCUUGGGAGAGCAACUACGCAUACACCUCUGACCAGGGUUGUCCAUUCCGGUGAUGAUGACGACAGCGACAGUGACGAAGAAGUGCUCUUGAAUCCAUGGGAGAGCACACCAAUGCUGAUUACAGGGUUUCCGGAGGGGACUGUGAUUACGAGCAUUGCUGCCGGUGACAGUAUCUCGAUCGCUGUUACCGACACCGGCAGGGUUUACGGAUGGGGAACAUUUAGGGUAUGUGAUUAAUUCUCCAUUCAGGGUUAGUAAGGUUAAUUUAUUGUUUAGUGCGCCGAUGGCAUUCUCGGAUUCAAUGAGAGGACUAGUGUACAGGAUGUUCCAGUCCUGCUACCUACGCCCAGGAACAUCAUUCGGGUCAGUAUCGGCACUGAUCACGUCCUUGGCCUUACGAAGGAAGGAGACGUGUACGGGUGGGGCAACGGUCAGCAAUACCAGCUCGGGAGGCGCAUUUCCGAGAGACAUCGCCUCACUGGGCUGAACCCUCGCCAGGUGUCCCUUCCACGGUGCCAGGUCAAGUACGUCGCAACCGGCUCGUAUCAUUCUUUCGCAAUUACCCGGGACGGCAAGGUCUGGGCAUGGGGGCUCAAUCAAUAUGGGCAAUGUGGGAUAUGCAAGCCUCAGUGCACCGAGGAAGAUAGUACUGUGAUUCCUGUUCCUACCGUCGUCAAGUCUCUUGCAGGGUACAUAAUCGUUCGGAUAUCUGCCGGAGAACAUCACUCAACCGCCCUGACCGAGAACGGUGAGCUCCUGGUCUGGGGCCGUCUUGACAGUGGACAGCUCGGUAUAGACCCUGCAGCGCUUUCAGUGGAUGAUUGCGUCCGUGACGCGAGGGGCAAUCCCCGCUACCUCAGGACCCCACAUGCUGUCCCUGGCAUCAGGUUCUCCACCAUUGGCUGUGGCACGAACCACAAUAUUGCCAUCUCGACGGAGGGACAAGCAUUCUCUUGGGGCUUCAGUGGCAGUUAUCAAACCGGCCUCGGCCCCGACGCUGAUGAAGGGAUCAUGACCCCUACAAGGAUUGAAAACACAGCCACCAGAGGUGUCAGAAUGACCUUUGCCGCUGCCGGUGGGCAAUUCUCCAUCCUCACUGGAGUUCCCACGGAGCCUGCUAAUUGCGGUUAUUCGGGUGCCGAUACAUAUGCGAAUGAUGCAGAUACUAAUGGUGAUGAGGAGGCGGCGGAAGAGGACAAGGGAGGCGAUUAACAGGGGCCGCUAGGAUUUGUACAUCUACGAAUAUGCGACCUAGUAGUAAUUAAUAAUGUUGCCUCUUGAUCUGGGACUCGGACAACGAUAGGGGCACAACAAACCUUCCCCAUACCAGAGUGUGAAUGCCUUUCCUAUUUCCCUCGUUAAACCCAUUGUACCGUUUAGGUAGCAUACAAGACUAGGGGCUCAUUGUAGUGGUUGAUUUGGCAUUAUACUGUAUAGCAGGAGUAGUUGGGGCUAGACUGGACCGCCGGUCCUUA